GAAGUUGUAAAAAUUGAUGGAUUGUAAACAACCAGUAUGAGCAAAGUUACUACACCUGUACACAACUUGAUUGCUCACUUCUUAGCCGAGAAUGGGUAUGAAAAAACAUUGAGAGAAUUCCAACUGGAACAUGGACAACCAAUUGAUCAAGUAAAGGUUGGUGAUGAAUCUUUGACAGAUAUCAUCAGUGAUCGAAUCAAUUUCAAUCAAUUAGCACCUUCUUUGGAAAACUUAGAUAUCGGUAACCGUAGAUUGAGUUUUUCCGGAAGCGGAUACUUGAAAUCGGUCAGCAAAGAUCAAUUACAGAAUUGGGUGACUCCAUUCCCUCACUUGGCUAAAGAACUAGUUGACAUCGACGGAAUGGUAAUCAGUACCAGUUAUCUAGACGGAUGUGUUUAUUUCAGUACUAAUAACUCCCAGAUUUACAUCGUUGACGAUAAGCAUGUCGUGUACCGUUCGAAAUUCCCGGUGGUUAUUAAGAAGAUCAUUCCUAUUAAACAAGACCAAUUGUUGCUUGUGGGUAUGAGUGGGAUGUUUUAUUUGUACUUUAAGCAGAACGAGCGCUGGCAGACCGUAGUGGAAUUCCCUGUACACAAGCGAUUAAUUAUUGAUGCCAAGCAUGUCCGUUUUAAUGACUGCGAUUAUAUAGUUACUUUGGGCUGGGACUUCUAUUUGAAGGUGAUUAAGUUGGAAGCAGAGAAUAAGUUUACUAUUGUGUCUGAGUUCAAAUUGAACCAGCAAGGAACUUGUUUUGAUUUGAUUAAUCACAACAACCAGUUGUUAAUUGUUGUGGGUAAGUUAGACAAUACAUUAUUGGAUGUGUUUGAACUUCAAGAAAACAAGUUGGAGUUGUUAUUUAAGAUUUCCUUGAAUGAUGCCGAGUUUAGUGCGUCGGAAUUCUCACCGAGAUACAUAACUAUCCAACAUUUCGGCCUGCUGGUGCCUUUAAUUGCUGUUGCCACUUCCCAUGAGCCAUACAUGAGAUUAAUCGUGGUUACAUUAGACAUGAUCGAGGGACAAGAGCACGAAAUCAAGAGAAACCAAAUAGUCAAGAAUUUGAACACGAUGUCACCACAAGACAAGUUCUCGCAACCGAUUAUAGCGUGGAGGUUGCCUAAACAUGUAAACGGGGCUGAUGUCACCAUAGAGGCCACCAAGAGUAGUGGGAUUUGGAUCAUGGGUGAUGACGGUGUGAUUAGAGGUAUUGACUUGGUUGAUGAUAAAGUUGUGGUAGAGCUUAAAGAUGUACAUCAAGGUAAAAUUAAGGAUUUCUUGACAUACUAUGAUAAGGAAUAUAACGAACGAUUGAUAUCGAGUGGUAUCGAUCAUGCAGUUAUGCUUUGGAAAUAAGAAUAUGUAGUGUGGAGUUAAGGAUGGGGUAGAUUACGUAGGAAUUAGUAGCCGGUUAUUAUUUGCGGGAUAUAUAAGUAAUUUAAUCAAUUUCAGAUUCGAUUCCAUUGUU